AUGGAAACAGGUAGUGGUGCAAUUAUGGAGGAUGCAGCCAAAUAUUGGAUGUGGAUGAACAGCAAACCCGUCGGUGAUGUUAGAGCAAUCUCCAACAACGUUAUUGUCGGUGAAGCUAAUAAUUGGGAAGAACGAGCGUUUGCGGUAGAUUCAGCUGGACCUCUAGGGGGAUUUAUAUGGCCGCCAAGAUCUUAUACAUGUAGCUUUUGUGCAAGAGAAUUCAGGUCAGCUCAAGCUUUAGGUGGGCAUAUGAACGUACACAGAAGGGAUAGAGCUAGACUGAAAGAAUCUGAUCAUCUUCCAAUUGAUCAUUAUAAUCCCAACAAUAACAAUAUCCAUCGAGCCGUGGUUUACAAUUCUGACCAUAGUAUUGUAUCACUGUUACCUUUAUCAUCAACGCAAGAGAUUAUAGAUAUCAACGGUGCGGCCGGGAAGACCAUAUUGCUGGUUUCGCCUUCCUAUGCUUGGUCUCCCACAGUUGUUCAUGAAAACAAUUAUGCACAAGUAAAGGAAGCAGCAGGAUCCAAACUUCUUUUGUUAGAUCUCCCACAAACAGCCGAUCCGGUUUUGGCUAGGGUCCGUAGUACUAGCAGUAGCAGCAGUAGUAGUACUUUAGUUUGUCAAUCAGCAUCGAAGCUUGAGGAAGAGAAAAGUUCAUCCAAAGCACAUGAAAUUGAAGUACUCGAUGAUGAUACGGCUAAGGAUAAUAUUAUAGAAGCUGUGAGUUUAUCGAGUAAUAUCGACUCAAACAGGCCUACAGGGUUCAGUAACAAUCAUCAUGUGUCUACGAUGGGUAACAAGAGACGCAGAAGGGAUGUACAAGUACUACCGUCCUUAUCCCUCUCCCUGCUUCUGCCGACAGAUGGUACUGCUGGUUCAACAUCCACAAUCUUCGAUAACGUGAAUGGGAUACUCCAUAGAUCUAACCCGUCCAUGGAUGAGUUAGAUCUUGAGCUCCGGUUAUAG